AGUAAUUGUAAUAUUACCUUGAUAAUGUGAUGUUUGUAACUGUUUUCAAGCGACUUAUUUGGUGAGAUUGUCUCUACUCUUCCUGUCGGCUGGUUGUUGACAUUUUCGUGCAAGCAGUUUGCAGGCAUCAUAGCCUCAUGUGAUCUCCUCCAGACAACUGUUAACUGUGAAAUUGGAGGCCUAUAUGAAGCUAGUUAUAAUAACAUUAAUGGAUGUAACACUGACAACGCAUUUCAUAUGGGUCUCUUUCUAUUCCUAGUGAUGCUCCAUAGAGGACAGAAAUCCUAAUGUCUACUGUCAUUGAAGAUGUGGAGUUUGUAUCUGAUGGUCCUCUCAGACCUGUGUUGGUAUGUAUGGACCUGCUGAGUGAUGAUGAAGAUGAAGGUGACAUGUCUACUGCAGAUACUAUUGAGGAACAGGUUGACAGGCAGAGAGCCCAUGCUGUGUCUACGUUGGACAGACUGGCACGCCAGGUUGCUGUGGAGAAACAGGAGAGAGCUAAUAAAUGCAAAGCUUUUAAGGAGAAGAUGAUUUCACAGCAAGCACAUGGACGCCGUGAACUAUCAAUCAGCAAUACUAAUAGUGACAGUGACGAUGCCAAGCGAUGUGUGGCUAUUUGGCUAAAAAUGCCAGGAUUACAGCCGGGUGUUGUUAACUCCAGCUCAAACUGGAGACGCAGAUCGGCUCCUGCUCCAGUUAGGUUUUCUCCCCAAACCUGCCCGGUCAUCAACUGUGGCCGAGUGUAUGACAAUGCUCUUUUGCUUGAUGGCCACCUGAAAAGGUUUGAUCAUUCACCAUGUGACCCCACGAUCACCUUGAAAGGCACUCCCUCUUCUUCCAUCUAUGCCUGCUUGGCCUGUGGGCACCACUUUAGCUCAGAAGAGUCGUGGAGAGAUCACCGAGAUUCUAAGGUGUCCUCCUCUGAUGCUAAUGGCCACCACAGUUCUCAGAGCUAUCAACUGAUCGCAUGCUUUGCAUGUCCUGCCUGUUACCUCCUCUUCAACAUCAGGGAUGAAUGCCUUCAGCACAUGUCAGACAAAAACCACCUCACUCAGUCCAUCUCUCUAUAUGAGGCAGGAUCCUCAGCCUUACCUAUACCAGUUCCACGGUACGCAAAGAACCGCUUAAUGGCACUCUGUAAGGAUAUUGCUUUCAACGUCAAAUGCACAGUUUGCUCUAAGGUGCUUACUUCACAUAUGGAGGCAAAAGCACACUUCAAUGUGCAGUGCAGAUCUGGCUGUGCUAUUGCCACUGCUGAUCAGAGCGUGGCUCACCUCAUGAGGAAGAUGGCGGUUGUGGGUCAGUGCUCCUCAUGCCCCAAACUCUUUCUCAGCCUGGCUCAGAUUGAGGAGCACAGUGAGCACAGGAAACACGAGGUGGAGAGGUUCACAAGUAUGAAUCAAGCCCUUCUGCACUACAGCAACUAUAACGAAAUCCGCAAUGCUCAGAGGUACAGCCAAUCACCUCUCCAAACAUUUAAGCAAGGCGUUGUUCUGCAGCUCCUCUCCCCACACAACAAUUCCGAUGAGCUUUCAUCUAAGCAACAAAGACUGACCAGUUUAGAUCCCCAUGACAAGCCGAAUAGAAUUUUAACCCUUGCUUGGUUCUGCGAGUGUGGUCUACGUUUCACGGAGGAGGAUCAAGCAAGCAAGCACCUCCAAGCUGCCAAUCAGAUCUUUCACAAAUGUGCAGUCUGCAGCAAGUUAAUGGGCGAAUCAUCCAUUGCUCGUUUGCACAUGAGCAGGUUCCAUGGUGGUGCUCACUUAUCCAACUUCCUUUUCCAUUGUAGGAAGUGCAAGGUGGACAUGCCAAGAAUGGAAGAUAUCAUGUCACAUAUUGGUGUGAGCCAUAGAGGACACACCUACUACCAAGAAAGAGAGGACAUUGUCUCGUCUAGUAUGUCCUCCAAACCGUCUACCAGUCCUAAAUGUGAAAUGACAAGGCCACCCAAUAGUUCAAAGGUCGAGUCUUGGCUUUGUCGAAUGUGUGAAGACCUCUUUGACUCUGAGACAGCGGUGCGCAAUCACUGCAAUGAUUUAAACAGCCACAGUUUCCAGAGGUUUGCCUGUGUACACUGUCCACAAAAGUUCUUCAAAGAUUCCACUUUGCGUCGCCAUUGUGCCAAUGAGCAUGGUGGUGACAUAGUGCUCCGCUACUUCUGUGGUCUGUGUGACAGCAUACUGUACGACACUGAGAAUGAAUUUCAGGAGCACUACAACAGUCUACACAGCCAAGAUUACUACCGAUUAGAAGCGAUGGAGAAUAAUUCCCAGAUAGCUGCGGAAAGCGCAGUUGAGAGUCCAACGGCGAGACCAAGCACUCCCCAACUCUGUCCUUGCAUGGGCUAUGAGAAAUCCAUAGAGGAAAGGAAGCCCAUUUUCACAAAGUGCAUGAAAGAAUUGGCCAACGACAAUAAAUGCAACUACGUCUGUCGCCAGUGUGACAAAAAGACAAACUCCUUUGCCGAGAUGAAGACUCAUGUCUUCAUUAAACACAUGACCCAAGGCAACUGGAAGUCGUUUGACGUUAUCUGCAGUAUAUGCUCAGAGAGCCACAAAGAUGUACCCAGUUUCCAUUCACACUACCAUAAGCUGCACUGUCAGUUAGAGCCUUGCGUUUGUUCACAACCCAGCAAUGCAUGCAAGAAACCAACCCCCACCGCCAACAUAAGAAAAGCAGAGGAGAUCUUCCCAGAGAGUAAUGUGGAGGAAUUUCAGCAUGUCAAAAGUGUGAUUUACUCAAGUGUUCUUGAUGCCAAAAAAGAAGUGUCAGUUUCUCAGGAUUUCGAAGAUGAUGAUACAUGUGAUCAGAACAUGAAACUUGCUUUGGCCUUGAGUGCAAGGGAGGCCGGGAAGUCAACCGAGUUGGACAUUGGUUGGUCAUAAUAAAGUGGUCAUCAUCUUUACUCAUUUUAUAAUACUCAUACUUACCUUUCCACUAAAAAAUCUAAUAUUUCUCUGUGUACAUCAAAGUUCAUUGAGAGUGCAUUCAUGAAGAAUUUUUGUUCAUUGUGGGUAUGUUUAAUUCUUAUGAAACCAGGGCAACAGUGUGACAUAUUUUUAUGAAAUUGAUUUGCAAUAGAUAAAGAAAUAAUCUGGGAUAUUAGGCAGGCCUCAUGAGCACACACGUGGUGGUUGUUUUUUUGUGGUUUGUGUGUAACCGCACAAAUGUUCUGUUUCUCAAGAAUUGUGUUACUAAUACAAUAUAAUUACAUUAGUAUGAGCAAUCGCUGGCAGUAAGACCUAAAAUCUACUGACAAUAGUUUUCUAAAUCAAAAUUAAGAACCCAUUUUGGUUUUUUUUGUAUGCAUUGUUUGCAUGUGCAAAAUAAUUUGAAAAUGUAAUUUCCCUCAUACAAAUUUCUCAUUUUGCAAAAAUGGAAGAGGCCUUGAAAAGAAGCCUACAUGAAUUUUGAUUUGAAAAGACAAACCGUUCAGAAAGGCUCUCGGUUUUCAUGCUAUCCAUGCACAAGAUAAUAAUGCUGUCCAUGUCAUCCAAGAUAAUAACAUUUAAUAAUGUGUAUUUUUUUGUGUGUUCCAAGU